ACUGACUGAUAUCUAUACUGUGGUAAUACAUUCUGUGGUUAAUACGAUAUCAUAGGCAACCAGUAAUACGAUUGUGCUGUCAUUGUAACGUUGGCACUACUUUUAAUUUCCGUGUUGAGUUUAUGUAUACAAAACAAUCAAAACUCGUAGCCCCCUUAAGAUGUCCUCGGACUCCGACAGCAGCUUAGAACUUGAGGGCAUCCGAUGGGAGGAUGACCUCCCCAUUUUUCACUACCACAACCCGCUUAGCACCUCGCUCCAACUGCGCGCAGUAAUCGACAACAACAUAGCACUCCUGCAAGCCCUCCUUGACUCAGGAAAGAGCGUCAACAUCAAGGACCAAUGGGGUAACACGCCACUCCACGUAGCAGUCGUGAAGCAAAAGAAAAAAGUCUUCGACUAUCUCUUGACCCUCGACGACGUGCGGAUCGACGCUGCUAAUUUCGAGGGAUUCACGCCCUUGAUGUUCGCGAUUAUAUACAGCCACAAGUACUACGCUCUGCACUUGAUCGAAAAGGGGGCUGAUUUGAACGUGAGGAACAACGCUGGUUCGUGUGCGUUGCACUUCGCUACGCGCGAGAUUCAUGUGGCGCAAGUGCUCAUCGAGAAGGGGGCGGAUAUAAAUGCACAGAACUGCUGCGGAAGGACGCCUUUGUAUUCGGCUUGUGUUACACGUCAGUCGCAAUUUGUGCAUCUUAUGGUGUAUUUUGGGGCUGAUCCGAUGGUCACCACCGACGAUUUUUUGCCGUUUGAUGCUAGUGUGGAGUACGAUCUGACGGAUGUUCAGGAGGUUCUUUAUUAUUUUACGUUUGAUGAAGGGUGCGAGGUUAGUGUGAAAACUAUGACUGUACUAAUGAUGAAAGAGUCGCCGUUUUUUCAACCAUUGAUAGAUAUGUGUUCAAUUGUGUAUGAUGAGAAUGAUUUGAGUUACUUACGUGUGAACUUACAUUUAAUAGAGCCUGAAACGUUUAAAAUUUUUAUAGAUAAAUACGAAAACGUAGUCCGGGAUAUGUUUACACAAGGUUACCCUCUGUUGUAUAUAUUUGCUAAGUGCAGUGUUGAGAAUAGUGAGCGAUUUGUUUAUGCUUUGUUUGAGAGUCGCUUACGUGAUGAUUUCAUCCCCAAUGUGGAGACGUGUUUGAAAAAUUAUAUCCAGUUUGAAAGUGUGGGGCAAAAUUUGUUAACUAGACUUAUUUGUUAUUUGUUAAGUUAUGGUUGUGUAAUUUCCACGUGUGAUAUGAAUGCGAUUUAUAGGUGUUUUGGGUUUGGCGAAUUAUUUAAAAUUCUGUUACACAUGAAAAUCAUUGACCAUGUGUGUUUUCCUGAAAAUUUUGUCUCACCACUACGUGGAGCGGAUACAGGGAUUAAUUAUUUUAAUUUAAUGAGGCGAGGUAAUGCUGAUAACGAACUAGGAAUGUUUCUAAUACCCAGUUUGAUUUAUGAUUUUGGGCUGAAAUUUAAUAUUAUUAACGAAUUAUCGCCUGAGACAAUUACUUUAGAGUGUUUUGAGAAUUUGAUCAAAUUCUUUACUCACCCACAACUUGUAAAAUGUUGUAAAUUUCUAGAACUAACAAAAAAUAUACCAAAUGUGCCUUCAUUGCUUGAACUGAGCAGAGAGUGCGUUCGCGAAAACCUGAUCAAACACUAUGGUAUUAAAAACAACAUGCAGUUUCAUACUCUUCUCAAUCACUUACCUGUGUAUGAUGACUUGAAGGCAAUACUACGAUACGAAAAACCCAUAUAUAAUUAUUAAGUAGGUACCUAAUGUUACAGAAUUUAUAUUUUUAAUAUGGAAGUGCUAAAAAUGUGAAAUUGUGUAUUCGUUUUCUUAAUAAAACAUUACCACGACACACCUUAACUUCACUUUUUUCCACAUGCCUCAUAUCCUGAUGCACCCUCAAGUUCCUCACUUUCGCCCAAUAAUCACAAUACGAGCAAUCAAACCACUCCUCGUCACAAUGAUGCGCCAACUUGUGGCUCU